CCAGCAGGGAUUCCGAUGAGACCUCUCCAGGGAGGAACGAGGCAAUCACGGCGGACUAAGAGUGGUCACUCGAACGAACGGCUUUUUCUGCGAGAUUUUAUCUCCUGCUCAACGGGAACCAGCGGAGGCCGUUUAGCGAGAUGGUUACAGCCGGACAGUUUCGUGGAUCCCUCGGUAUGCGAGGCGCUUUACUCCAAGGACGAAAUAAAGUGCGGAUGCCCGGCCAUCGUUACAAUUCUCACCAGAGACCAAUACGGGGACGUUGUUCAUGUACCGAAUUUGAAGGUGGAAGUAAAAGCAGUUCCCAUAGACAAGAAAGACGUAGGAGAUUCGGACCGAACUUCCCAACCUGAUCCCAUGACCUUUGGUGGUCACCCUCAACCACCUUUGGAUGUACCGUACGAGGUCACGAUCAACAACAAGACCUGUUUCUACGCUAUUACCAUGAUGAAGGCUUAUCAGAAUUAUUCGUUCGAGGAACUAAGGUUUAUGUCACCGACCGUAAAAAGGUCUAUUGAAAGCAUGCUAGUUAGACCCAACGGCGAUGGGAGCUACAGCGCAACCUGGACACCGUCAUCGGUUGGAUGGUAUUCUCUCAUGGUCACAGUGGAUGGAUACAACAUGGAGGAUAAAUACAAAGUGGAGGUAAAAGAAUCACCGCAAGGCAUGCAACCGCCCACUCAGAACAUGGUGAAGAAACCACAGCAUCAACCGAGCAAGCUUCGAAAAUUCGUAGCGAAGAAUAGUGCCGGAUUGAGGAUCAGAGCUCAUCCGUCUCUACAGAGCGAACAAAUUGGUGUCGUUUCGGUUAACGACACUGUAGCCUUCAUAGACGAAAUUCACAACGACGAUGGUAUUUGGCUACGAUUGAACGCUGAAACGAUAAAGGAGUACUGCAGCAGCAGUCAUUUAGAAGCUUGGUGUCUGCAGUACAAUCAACAUUUGGGAAAAACGUUGCUUCUUCCAGUAGAAGAGCCUAAAUCGAUUUUGGAUCAAGUUAUCAAAGAAACUAUAAUGCGCAAGAGACCUGAAAUAGUCGACGAUAAAAGGAAGACGGUUACGUUCGACGGUAGUAGAAGUAUGGUUGUCGUAGUAUGCGGAGCUUCCGGCCAUAACAUUCGAAAUAAACCUCGAUUAAACGCGGUACCGGUGGGAAAGUUAGCUCUUGGAAACUCAGUGACCAUCCAGGAAUAUUUUGUCAACAGCGAAGGUACUUGGGUACGCAUGGAUGACGAAUCGAUGGCGAAGUAUUGUUUUCGCAAAGGCCGGAUACCUGAAGGCGAAGCUUGGUCGCUGGCGGUCAGUAAGCACGGAGUUACGUACAUGAAGCUCGAACAAGACCUUGAGAACGAUCCGAUCGAGAAAAAACCUACCAUGCAAGAUCCGUCCGAUUCGCCCAACCACAAAGGCUUCGAUUUUUCUAUGCCUUCCGUGAGUCACGAGGGCUUCAAUUUCACCGCGCAAAAUUUUACACCAGGAAGCGAUAAGCUUACGUCGGAAAAGACUGAAGUUUCGCCAAAGUUUUCCAAGCCUCAUUCCAAGGAGAGAGUAGCAAAGGAGAGAGAAAGGGAAGGAGGCGGCGGGAAAUUGAGCGUUUUGCAGAAAUGGCUGAGAGGGGACGAUAAGUGCCACGGAGAGAAAAGAAACUCCCCCGGCAGUUUUGGUAUUUGCAGGGACUUUUCCGAAUUCGUCGGGGUGUCUGUCAAGGAGCUGGUAAAAGCGAUAGGCGAGAGUCGAGCGAACGGUAAUGGGCCAACGCCACCGGAGACGCCGAGAAGAUUAUCGAGAAGCUCAUCGCCGAAGAAUCCCCAAGGUGGGUCACCAAGAUUUAACAGCCCAUCCUCUAGUCCGGUCCUAAUACCCGCUGGGUCCAGUCGGCAACCAGUUGGUUCUGGUAAUUGCCUCUUCCCUCCUGCUGCUCAUGCACCAGGUGGGAGAUCAGGUUUAAUAGGAGGGGGAGACAGUAUCAGUAGCAGCCCUGUGCUCUGUGGCUCCCCUCGAAGUGUUGCUCUCUCCCCAUUAGUUUCGGGUGGGAUGAUAGAUAGCAUCACGUCGCAGCGACGAGGAUCAACGCAAAGCGACACAAGUGCCUUGGUCAGUAGUUUAACAAGGGAUCCUUCGCAAUCUCCAAGUGCUGUCAGCACGACUGCCAAUACUCGCGAUCUCUCUCCAAGCCCGAGUUGUAGUUCUUUACACAUGAGAUCCGAGGGUAGUAUAGCUAGUCCACCUGAUACUCCGAAGCAAGAGGGCGGAGAUUCUCAAGAGAGCCCUAGGAAAGUUUCCCAAGCACAGACGCAAACAAGUCCCGAGAGUGCGACUACGGCUAUGAAAGGACAUUUCAGCAUCGGUACCACUGGCCCGAAAGAUGUUCCGAAAAUAACUAGAAGAGAUCACGCGAAGGUAGUGAAAACCAGGACGAAACGCACGAUGUCACCGACGAAUACACAGCAAAGUCCGAGUCGGACAUUGAACUCGAGCAAGGAUAAAGUGAAAGAGGCAAUUAGCCCGUCAGUUGCAGAGUGUUUAAGAGCCGUGUUUGCAGCGUUCCUUUGGCACGAAGGGAUCGUGCACGACGCGAUGGCCUGCGCCAGUUUCCUCAAGUUUCAUCCCAGUUUACCGAAGCAGGGCGCGCUCGUUGUUACCAGACAAACAGUGAUACAGUCUGCAGACAAACAGAAACAAGAGCAGAAAGCCAGACAAAGACACUCCGUGGAAGUGAUCAACGCUGGAAACUACUUAUACAUACAGCCCAGUACGGUCGAAGCUUUAACGCGGUCGGCCGCGAACGCAAACGCAAACAGGAACCGAAAGAAACAGAAAACAAUAAUUAAAGAGGAAGUUCAGGAAAACGGGAAGUUGGACUCCCUACCGGAGUUUCAAACGGUCGCGGUGUUGCCCCCCGCGCUAAAAAGUUUGGUAUUCUUAUGGGAAGAACUUAGUACCAAUUGUCUUCAAACAAUCGAGCAACAAACGAUGAAAUUGAGCAAACGACCGGAGAAACGACCUCGGGAAGAUAAACUGAAGGAACGCGAGAAGAAAAGCAGCAGAAAGAAGAAGGAAUGGAAACCAGUUGGUAGAGCGAACGGGUCCGACGUGUUAGGAGAAAUAGAGCGGGAUACGAUUUGCGAAUUGUGCGGUAUGACGUUCCCGCAUCCAGUGACGUACCAUAUGAAAAUAAUGCAUCCUGGUUGUGGGUGGCAAGCGGGAGGAAAGGGUUACAACAGUUGGGGCAACUAUUGUAUCGGUUGGGCAGGAAAUUGCGGCGACGGUGGAGUCGGUGGAAAUUCGUGGUAUCUCAUGUGCGAUACAUGUCGGGAUAAAUACCUGCGUGCUCGAAAACUUAAACUCGCAAAGAAAUUUUUAACUGGAAUGUCGAAGAAAAAGAACGGUUCCAGCAAAACCGUGUCGCCACUUAGCAGUCCUAACGGAAACGAGACGCAUAUUAUCAUGAAGAACAAUGCUAUGUUCCUCUUAGACCUGGCUAGUGCGUCAGGACUGAGCAUUCCGAAGCAACAGAGAAGACCCUCACAGACGUUGUCCUCUGUGGCAGAAAACUACAGUCCUCCAGAAGCAGCUGGACCUUUCCCACCGACCGGACCAUUCCAGUGUUUGCAAGGUUUAGGCGUUCUUCAUUCACAGAGUCACGACGAAAGGUACUACGAAGAAACACUGAGACGCCAAAACGGACAUCAAACUUCUUAUGAAGGAAACAAUAUUAUGGCUAAUACUACCAAUGGAAGGCCUUUAUCGGAGUGUCCCAUGAGUGACAGCGACAGUGAAAGUGGAAAAGGUCGCGGGGUGUUCCAUCGAUCUGUAUCGAUGUCCACCGGUGCGCCUUGGACCAGAAAUUCGAAUGACGGUAGAAUAGUAAUGAUGCGAAAACGAAACAACAGUAGCAGCGAGAUGAAUACUGAUACCGGGUCCUCCCUUUUAUGUUACCCCUCGGCGGCAUUGCAAAAGUUAGUGCCAUCAAUGAAUCAAUCGGCAAUUGUGUCGACAACUCAAGAAGAGGUCACGAAUAACGAUAGAAUAGAAAUCCUUAUGAGACCAGUAAUGCUAUUUGUUCUUCAACAACAUAACUUACAACACUUGCAACUUGCGAUGAAGCAAGCGGUAAGACGUGCUGCUUGCAGAGUUUACGCAAUGCAAGCGCUAAACUGGUUGCUAAGAAGUGUAACGCAACCAAUUUGUCUUCAUGAUUUAUUAUGGUGGUUUGUUGCGUCGUUAACACCUGCAGUGCCAACCGACAUUGCUGAUUCGAAUGAUGAGGACAAUAAAACUGAUAAAAAAGAUGAUCAUGAAAUGAUUGGUGUGUGUGAACAUCCUUUGAGCGACCUUCUUAUAGCGGGUGAAUCUGUUAAUCCAUUACCUUCAGUGUUUCAUACGCUGCUACAAACUAUUGCAGAUUUGAUGCUCUUACCACCGCCUGGUUCUCCAUUACAACAAGCCGCUAUUCGAUGCUGGGGCAUUAAAUUCACACCUGCGGAUCAUAUGUUCCUUCACAGAAGUCACGUUUUCAGUAACAUCAGUAAAAUAUUAUCAAGAUCGGAAGAAGAAGAGGACGUCACAGUGAGCAUGCAUGAAAGCCAUCAAUCGAUUCAUUCCCAACAAGUUAGCGGUUGCGUCGAAGCCUUGAAAGAUUUAACGUGUGGCGCAGAAAUUAAAGCCUCGAGCAGACAAGCUAUGAUAGCUAGCUUGACUGAUAAUUCGACAGAAACCUUCUGGGAAUCGGGUGACGAAGAUCGGAACAAAACUAAAACCAUUACGGUCAUCUGUAGUGCUCGUUCUAUUCCUUGGAUAGUGUACAUACAUAUUGAUAACUGUCGUGAUCUAACGCACAAAGUAUCCAGCGUAACAUUUCAAUCGGGUAAUAACGUUGACGAAAUGAUUAAAUUGAGAACUGUAGAAGUCGAGAGUCGAUUUGCUGGUUGGAUUAAGUGCGCAGUUACUGAUCCAUAUCAUGUCAUUAUAGGCCUUAAACUAAAAGGCCCAGAUAAUUCUCUGCGUGUUCGGCAGAUACGAAUAUUAGGUGCAAUUGAAGGAGAAUCUUUAAAGAUUGGAAAGCAGUUGAACGCGCAGACCAUUCAACAAAGAAAUUGUGAAGCAGAAACAUUAAAAGUUUUCCGUUUAAUUACUUCCCAGGUGUUCGGUAAACUCAUACAGGGUGAUCAACAACAACAAAACAUGGAUACUGCAGAAGGUGCUAACGAAGACUUGGAAGAUAGUAAUGAUCUCCGGGAGCAUAUGGUUGGCAUUUUGUUCAGUAGAAAUAACUUGACGCAUUUACAAAAGCAAGUUUGUUCGCAUAUUGUCCAAGCUAUCCAGAAAGAAACUAUACGCUUAAGAGAAGAAUGGGAGACGUUAUUAUGUUCUCCGACUCCUGCUAACAGCUUGCUAAGCGAUAACAGCGAUUUGCCGAAAGCAGCCGAUACGUAUUGCUUCGAAAUGUUAUCUAUGGUGCUAGCAUUAAGCGGUAGUUCGGUAGGGCAAUAUUAUUUGUCACACCAGUACGGAUUAUUGAAAGACUUAUUAAGUUUACUACACACUGGAUCAGCGAGAGUGCAACGUCAAGUAACGUCUUUGUUGAAGAGAAUCCUACCAGAAAUCAAGCCGGAAGCAUUAGCUAACGUCAUUGGUGUCAAACGAUUACCGCCUACAGAUUUCAGUAUUGUGUCUGCGGCGAAUAAUGGUUUUACCCAUAGUUCAGAAUUUGACGAACAUUCCCCAGGAAUUCUCGACGUUUUUUUAAGUUGCAUAGCUAAAGCGCUGACAGUUCAAGUUAAAGCGAAAGGGAAAGAAAGCAGUGGGAAAGCUUUGCAAACUGCUUCGUUAGCCACUAGCAUUCAUCCAAAGAGUCAAGUUGGCGCAAGAUGGUGGUUGAGAGGUUGUAUGACUCGAAAAUUAGCCGAAGAGAUAAUACAACUUUUGAAGGACAUGGCAUCGGGAAAGUUAUCAGAAGUUUGGGCAUCUAUAACUAAAGCAGCAAUCGCGGAGAACAUAUUAAAUCUUACAAGAUUGGAUGAGAAGAGCCGUGAUCCUGCAGAGUGCCUAAAAACUUCAACAUUGUGGCUCGCCCUUUCUUCUUUGUGCGUUCUAGAUUCCGAUCAUGUUGAAAGAUUAUCUUCGGGCCAAUGGAGCGGCGCUGAAGGACAGCCACCACCGCCUCGACCAACAUGUAGUAACCACGACGAUGGAGAAACGACAGCAAUUAUUCAAUGCAAUGUUUGCGGAAACUUAUGCGCAGAGUGCGAUAGAAUUUUACAUUUGCACAGAAGAACGCGAAUGCACAUGAGACAAGUUUGUAAGGAAGAAGAGGAAGCAAUACGCGUGGAUCUCCACGAAGGUUGUGGACGAACGAAACUGUUCUGGAUUCUCGCUCUUGCCGAUAGCAGAACGUUAAAAGCAUUAGUAGAAUUUCGUGACGGAUCACCGAGGAAACCCGUUGGUGCAACGUCUGGGAUCUGCAGAUUUUGCGGUACCACUGGUAAUACAGGUCUGUUGGCGGUGGGGAAUAUUUGUGCGGAUCACGAUUGCCAGGAGCACGGUAAAAACGCGUGCAGUAAAGUGCACCCAUGCGGGCAUAUCUGCGGAGGAGUCCGAAACGAGAAAACUUGUCUACCCUGUCUACAUAGAUGUCUUCCGGGUAGCAAUUUGAAACAAGACGCUGAUGACAUGUGCAUGAUUUGCUUCACGGAAGCUCUGUCGGCUGCGCCUGCGAUUCAGUUGCAGUGCGGACACGUUUUCCAUCUGCAUUGCUGCAGACACGUUCUGAUGAAGAGAUGGGUAGGACCUAGGAUAACUUUCGGGUUUUCUCUUUGUCCUAUUUGUAAAGUACCCAUGGAACAUCCUACUCUAGCCGAUCAAUUGAUCAGCAUAAAAGAACUUUAUGAAGACGUCAGGAGAAAGGCCUUAAUGCGAUUGGAAUACGAAGGCUUGCACAAAGCUGAAGCAGCUUUUGGAGCGAGUGGAAGAUACCAUCAAGAUCCUGCUGCAUACGCAAUGGAACGAUACGCGUAUUACGUUUGUUACAAAUGUCAGAAGGCCUAUUAUGGUGGUGAAGCACGUUGUGACGCACAAGUAGGCGGAGAGACGUUCGAUCCUACAGAAUUAGUCUGCGGAGGUUGCAGCGACGUGGCAAGGGCUCAGAUGUGUCCGAAGCACGGGGCAGACUUCCUAGAGUACAAGUGUCGUUAUUGUUGCUCAGUGGCAGUCUUCUUUUGCUUUGGGACUACACACUUCUGUAAACCCUGCCACGACGACUUCCAUCGAGUCACCACCAUCCCGAAGGGCGAACUGCCUUCGUGUCCUGCAGGACCUAAAGCAAAACAACUUGAAGGGGACGAGUGCCCGCUACAUGUAAAACAUCCGUCGACUGGAGAAGAAUUCGCACUUGGUUGCGGUAUUUGCCGUAAUCCGCAUACUUUUUAAAACAUAGAAAUAACUUAAUGCGAGAUAUAAUUCUCUCAUUGUCUCUUCGGGAUGACAGAAUUGGUAACUCUUGUUGAAUCUUAUCAAUGCAAGUAUACUAACAUGAGUAAGUGGAUAUAUAGUUCGAUACAACCAUCCUCACACAACUGAAUACGUGGUUUGAAGUGCUAUGUGUAUAUCGACAUUCAAGAAUUCUUAUAAUGAUCAUACAGUGGAAUUGAUGCAAUAUGGAAGAUGCAAGAGGAAUCAAAUAAACAGAACUAGCAGAAUAACUAUGAUCACGAAUCAGAUUCUGAUGAUGCGUGAAGCUAUAAUACUUGUUAAGUAUUGCAUAAGUCGUUUUUAUUGGUAAUUCUGGAGAUUACCGAAACGCGUAGAUAAAUGAGAAUGAAAGCUCUACGUAUAUUAAACUUCCAUGCAGAAAAGAGAAAAGAAGAAAAAAUGAGAGCUUACACGUGCAUAAGUCAUACAAAGCGUAGUGAUUUUUGGUAAAAUAUUGUAGAGUAUAAGCGAUUAAUAUAAUUCUCUAGGCUAUUUAAGAAAUAUUUAAUUAUUAUCGACAAUGAUCCUAAUAAAUUA